AUGGCAUUUUUCAAAAAUUUUCAGCAGAAUCUGCCUUCAGUGUCCUCUCUGGUGGACACAAUCAGUAAUGCUGUGGAAGAUUUGACCAAUGCUGUGGGGGAAGUCAGCUAUGCUUUCACUGACUCGGUUGCUGAACAGGUAACAAGUAUGAUAAGUGGCUUUCGCCCAGAAGAGGAAAGCCCUGCAGCAACAGAAGCUGUAGAUACUUCUAAACAAGAAAAUACCACGUUACCAGAAGUCUCCAAAAACACUAAUUGUCAGAAAACACAAUUCAAUUUAGAGCACCAAGCAAAUCGAAUAAAUAGCUAUAAUACUUCAGUUUCACAAAAGCAAGAUCAAGGAAUGAAUGAAGAAGGAGUAUUUAAACAUAUUAAUAAUAGGCAACAGACACUAUCAAAAUAUCAAGAAACCGAUACUGCUGGUGAUUCUUCUUUGAAAGGCCAGAUGAGUGAUGGUGGGAUAUCAGUUAGCAAGCAGAGUGCAAGGGCUGGAUCUUCUUGUCAAGAACUUGAAAGUGCUGACAGAUGUAGAAAAUAUGGAUUAGGAAUUUCCAAUAAUGGUAAGCAUGACCUAAAGGAGGUAAGAUUUCAAGAAAUGCAAGAAAAUUAUUUAAAGAAGGCUGAAAAACAUAUUAAAAGUAAAGGAUCCAAAGGGAAUAAGUGUUCAGGAAAUGAAUGUUCUCCAAAAGGUAUUUUGGAAUGCAAUAGACAUAUGAUACAGAAAUCCAUUAAGAAAGAAGACAUGCAUCCAGUAGCAUCAACUAAUUCUAGAGGUAAGUGUUAUGGAAAAAUCAAAGAACAAAUAAGUCCAACAAAAUACUACAAAGUGAAAGGAGACAUAAAAACAAAGAAAAACGAAGCCAUUUCUGCCAAAAAAGAAACAACAAAGAGUAAAGAUGAAAAAUAUUCUGAGAUAAUACCAGAAAAAGAUAAUUCCUACAUUGACAAAGAUGAGCAUGGUUCAUCCUCUGAAAGUGAAGAUGAAGCCCUGGGUAAAUAUCAUGAGGCCUUAUCCAGAACACACAAUUCCAGACUACCAUUGGCAGAUUCUAGACAAAAGAGCUAUACUUGGGAAACAAGACAGAAAUAUAGCCCUCUCUCUGCAGAGUAUGAUGGAUACAGUAGUGAAGCAUCAAUAGAUGAAGGAAACUGCAUUCAGAGAAUGAGAAGAACACCCCCACUGGAUGAAUUGCAGCCACCACCAUAUCAGGAUGACAGUGGUUCUCCCCAUCUCUCAUGUACACCCUCAGAAAUUGGGGACAGUAAAUGUGAAUUUUCCCACUGCAGCAACAGUCCAAGAUGCUCAUAUAACAAGUGUCCAAGUGAAGGAAGCACAGGUCAUGAAAUAGAAAGUUUUCAUAAUAAAGGAUAUGAAGAAGAUGUUCCAAGUGACAGCACUGCAGUCCUGAGCCCUGAAGAUAUGUCAGCUCAAGGAUCAUCUUCACAGCUUCCUAAACCUUUUGAUCCUGAGCCAGAAGCUAAAUAUGGCACACUGGAUGUGACUUUUGACUAUGACUCACAAGAACAGAAGCUUCUGGUAACAGUGACAGCUGUCACAGAUAUCCCAACAUAUAACAGGACAGGUGGCAACUCAUGGCAAGUACACCUUGUUCUUCUACCUAUAAAGAAACAGAGAGCAAAAACCAGCAUCCAGAGAGGACCAUGCCCUGUCUUCACAGAAACAUUCAAAUUUAAUCAUGUUGAAUCUGAGAUGAUUGGAAAUUAUGCAGUUCGGUUUAGACUGUAUGGUAUACAUCGCAUGAAAAAAGAAAAGAUUGUGGGGGAAAAGAUUUUUUAUUUAACAAAAUUGAAUCUUCAAGGGAAAAUGUCAUUACCUGUCAUACUGGAACCUUCUUACAAUCAUUCUGGCUGUGACUCCCAAAUGAGCGUGUCAGAAGUCUCCUGUAGUGAAAGUACAUCCUCCUGUCAGUCUCUUGAACAUGACUUGGUUCCAGAAAUUCUCAUUGGCCUGCUUUAUAAUGCCACAACUGGAAGACUAUCAGCAGAAGUGAUAAAAGGCAGCCACUUCAAAAACUUGGCAGCGAACAGACCACCCAAUACAUAUGUUAAAUUAACUCUACUGAAUUCCAUGGGUCACGAGAUGUCCAAAUGCAAGACAUCCAUCCGCAGAGGGCAGCCAAAUCCAGUAUACAAGGAAACUUUUGUUUUUCAAGUAGCCCUAUUUCAACUCUCUGAUGUGACACUCAUACUGUCUGUGUAUAACAAACGCAGCAUGAAAAGAAAAGAGAUGAUAGGCUGGAUUUCUUUAGGUCUGAACAGCUCUGGAGAAGAGGAACUCAAUCACUGGACUGAAAUGAAAGAGUCGAAAGGACAGCAAGUAUGUAGAUGGCACGCAUUGCUAGAGUCGUGA